AUGACUGAACCAGAUCCCGAGCGUGAGGCAAUGCCACCGCCACCCUCGCCAGGCGGCCGAAGACAAUCAUCUGAGCUCAUCUACAGACCCUCAGAUCUGCCAUGUGAUCGAAAAGAAGACAAGCAGGUGGACCUUUGGUUGAACGCGGGCCUUAUCGACUUCAGCUUGACGUCGGCAGCAAAUGGGAUCCCGCUCUGUGGAAGCUGUCACAUGCAAUUUGAUCGAGAUCACGACCCAGGUGUCAUAUUCAUACCGACCGACUUGCAGUACUUUAUCGAUUUUGAACAUGAUUAUAGAAAGCGGAGAUCUACCACUAGCAGCGUUCUUGAUCGAAAGGUCCCGACGAGUGUCAUGUACAAGGACCAUUUCAUGAAGAACAACAAGAUCUCAGAAGGUGCGACUAGUGGACUCUACCGUCGAAUUUUUCUUAAAGAUUACCUACACCCAGGCCUUAUCUCUCCGGAGGAGCUCGGCGUUACGACUUCCAAACAGUGGCAUGGGGCACCAAUUGCAACGUUGCGACGAGGCAUUAUGGCCCUCGGGAGUCCGAGGAUCACCUCCCUUGACGAAGAAACAGUCAAUCAACUGCAGACACUUCGUGAUCUAUACUUCCGGCCGACAGAAAACAAUUUAGUCAACAUCCGGAGCAGUCGACCCCCACCAGACCAUCAAGGCGAGAAGCGACCCGCGGAUGGUGACAAGGGGCAACUUGAAAGCAAGAGGGUUAAACAGGAUCCGACCAGGAUGGAUAAGCCCGAGGACACAGAUGGCAACAACUUCAACCACCAGCAGAACCGCCGCCGGGCUUUCAAAGACGAGUGGGUUUUAGGACCCGAUCUAACCACGCAAGAAGUCAUUUGUCGCUAUGCUCCUGUAUUUGCUCAUUAUUGGCGGCUCUACCAGUUCAUCGCUAUGCUCCUAUGCCUGGUCUCUCUGCAUUGCGCCGAGACUAUAUUUUCUUUUUCUUAUUCCCUUUGUGGCCACAACGUUUGCCAAGUUGUAACACGGUGUUCCGGUCCGGUCACUGGACGGCAACUCAGCUGCCUACGGCGGCAGAAAGCCACUCCCAUUAAGUCCUCUUCUAUUGCUCUUCUUUUACCCUGUAGUCUAGUCUUCAAUUGA